ACAAACAAUUCAAUUCUUGCUUUCCUUGUGGAAAGGUAGGUUCCGAGGAUGUCAUGAGACGCUGCGAUCGCGAAACCUAGUUCCGUCCAGGUUCCAGUCGAUCGCUAGAGAAUGAGCUCCAGGCCGCCAAAUUUUACGUUCAAGCUAGUUCUUCUCGGUGACGGUCGAGUUGGGAAAACCUCCCUUGUUUUAAGAUAUGUAAAUAAUGUUUUCUCCGAGAAGCAAGAAGCUACAGUGCAAGCUUCCUAUUUAACAAAGCGUGUUGUUGCCGGAGGUGUGCCUAUUACCUUGUCUAUAUGGGAUACAGCUGGACAGGAGCGUUUUCAUGCCUUGGGACCUAUAUACUAUCGUGAUGCAGAUGCAGCCCUUUUAGUAUAUGAUAUUACAGAUAGCGAUACUUUUGUUCGAGUUAAGAAAUGGGUGAAGGAACUUCAGCAGAUGGCAUCAAAAGAUAUAGCCAUGGCCAUUGCAGCAAAUAAAAGUGAUUUAGUCAGAUCAAAGAAGUAUGAUACUCAAGAAGCUGAAAGCUAUGCAACAUCUAUUGGUGCAAAGCUUUUUGUCACAUCUGCCAAAUUUGGGACAGGAAUAGAUGAAGUCUUUCAUGAAAUUGCAACACGAUUGUUGCAGAAGAAAAAAGACAGUACUGAAGGCUUGUUGCCUGUUCCACCAAGAAAGGGGAUUAUUAUUGUAGAUGAUGAACCUGAGCAAAAACCUCCUCCGAGAUGUUGUUCAUAGCAACAGGAUUGUAAAAUUUUUCUAAGCAAUUUUAGGUUCACAGGACACUUUGCUUCCGUUGAUUAUAAAGGAAGAAUAGAGCUGAGCAACUGGUUUUAUGCAUGAUGAUUGAUGUGGAUACAAAUAUUUCACAAUGUUUAGUUUGUCAAAAGCUUAUUCCUUUCACAGAUUGGCCAGGCUUAUCGCAAGCAGAUUUACUUGUUUAUUUCUAGUACGACAUAGAAACUGAAUGUGUACUCCACUGGGUAACUCGAAGUGUUUCCAUUCUUCUUUACGCUUUGGAAGCAACAUCCUUGGAACUUCGAACUUAGCUUGAUGGCACAGAUCAUUAAAUUAAAUUAUAGCUUGCAAAAUUAUACACAUAUACCUUUAUUGUGUUGCUCAAGACCACUAUAUCUAAUGCCCAUGGCUUGUUUUUAAUUUGUUGCCAUCUUUCUUCUUGUAUAUCCUGUAUCUAAUUGUUAUUAGCAUUUCUACUAAUCCUUUCUCCAAUGAAUUUGAAUUGUUUUCGAA